AUGAACAUUCUUCUUUCGGUGUUUGCCCACGACGAUUGUGUGCGCGUUACCACCUCCGUCAUCGACGCCAGUCACGAACUGGACGAACGUCAAGCACCAACUGAUCUGCAAAAUCAAGAUCAACCACUGGCACUCGGGUUUACAAAAUUUGAGGGUCCAGUCAAAGCUGCUUUCGAAUUGCACACCGAAGGACGUCAAAGUCGAACAAUCAAGUUCGCAGCAAUGGAAGCCCCAGCGGAAGCUCUCUUGACAGGUGAACCCUCUUCGGUCGAGCUUGGAUCCAAACCACCAACGAGAGUCAGGUCCUACCAGCAGUGGCUAUCGCCAAAUGCACUCCAAGUGUUCAUUCAGCUCUUUUUCAUCGUCACAUUCUGCAGCGUACUCUACCCCUAUAUGAAAUACGCUGGAGCAAAAAAAGCAGCCAAGCAUGAGGUCUGCAAGAAAGAUGCACGAACUCUGUACGAGAACAAUCUUGCUCAGUGCGAUGUCAAGGCUGCGAUAAGCCUACGUGGCGGUGCUCUGGGAUUGAAUUGGUUGGAAAUGAGUAUGGUGAUUGCUACGGCGGUAGCGUGGUAUUAUUUGACGUGGUUGGCCCGGGGCUGGUUGGGUGUGAGGACUCCAUUUCUGAAGAAGGAUCACAAGGAGUAG